CUUGAGCUAGACGGUUCUUGUUUCCAGAUUAACUCGUUUCCAGGCUCAUCCUAAAAGGCUUGCAGCGGAAUGCGGUUGGCCCGAUAUUGUACAGCUGCACGAUCAGUUGCGAGACGAGCGAACUGAGCUCGAUCGCCACCUGCGUUCAACGGCAGGUUGUGAGUCACCUUCACAGAUCAGCGCGUCUCAGCCGUCGCGCUACCUCCGUCUUGCACCAUAUUGAUGCACGAUUUAGUCGUCAAGAUCUUGUAGCCAGAAGCAUACCUGUCAGACGGGCAACUGUCAGCGUAGUCGUCUCACACGUUGUCGAUUCCGAGGCACCCAGUAUUCUCCAGUCAUCGCUGAUCGUCAUUCGCUGGCAUUGUGAGCAGCAAUGGUGCCUAUGGUUUCCCCGCACCCCGCAUCACGAGAUCGGCCGUCGUUCCCCAUGGCUUUCGGCGCAAAGCUCGCCCCCGCGGACAUCGCAGCCAAGCCGCGACCUCACCACCCCUCGAUCCGCUUCGACACGGCGCAGCACGAUCUGCUGGACGAGCCGCCGCAGCCGCCGCAGUGCGCCAUCCGGGCGCUGGACGCGCGGAAGCCGUUCAUCGCAGCACCGCUGAGAAUCCCAUGCGACGCGUCCAGCAAUCCAGGCGACGACGCGUCCUCGUCCUCCUCGCCUGCUUCGUUCCCCGUCCUCUCGCUCUUCGCCCAUCACUCCGCCCUCAAGCCCCCUCCGCCCUCCUCCCGCCCCCCCGCGAGAUCCCCACGCCCAUCGUUGCCCCGCCCGCGCUCCCCCUGCCUCGAUUUCUCCGCGCUUUCCAACAGCCCGCGCUGCUCGCCGGGGACCAACUUCGGCAGGGUCGCGCGACCAGCGCCUGGAGCUGAUGGGACGCCGCCCGAUGCGGCCAGCCCGUCUUUACCAGGCGGUGCGGCGGCCCCACCGCCACAAAUAGCACCGCAGCAAGCGCAGUGGUUUGCCCUCCCCAUUCAGCGACCAGAAGUGCUGCGAGCCGCCGCUGCACAAACCUCCAGAUGCGCAUCUCCCGACACGCCCUUGGGCUUCGUCACCUCCCCCAGCGCCUCGUCGCCCUCCUGCCAUUCCCCCGGCGCCCCCAAGCCGCGCUCCUCCCUGUCCUCCUCGCUCCCCCCCUCCUCCCCGCGCCCUUCUUCCGCCGCCCGCGCGCAGACCACAGCGGAUGCCGCCCAGGCGGUUGCGUUCGCGUUUACUUGCGCCGACGAUGUCGCUGCGGGGGGAUCGAACGCGGGAGAGUGCGCUUUCGGGGGGGACUACGCGGAAUCGAACGUGCUGGUGGUCGGCGGCAGCAGCCGCAGCGUGUCGAGUGCGGGAAGCGCGGAGUGCGGCGAGUCGUGCGGCGCGUUCGACCGCGGGAAUGCCGCCGCGAUCCUCAAGGAACGCCCGACGGAUGCCUUCCGAAGAAGCUUCGAGUCCGCCGAUAGCGUAGCAAAGCGCGCAGCGGCGGACGCCGCGCGCAAAGCUUCGAUGGGGAUCCGCAGAGCGAGCUUGUGCGGACGGGUCGAGGGGCGCGCCGCCGUGGAGGUGGGAGCGCAGGCGGAAAGAGAGCUGUCCCGGAACCAGUGGCUCAGCAUGCCACGUGGCGCUGGCUUAGUGGCUGCUUGGGGCGGUCAUGCCGGUCGCGCAUCUCCGCUUUCGGCGCCAGGUCAGGAGGCACCGGAGGAGACGGCGGAGAGGGCGGAGAGGGACGGGGGGAGCGAGUGUGGGAAAGAGGGGGGCAGGGAAUGGGAAGGGGCGUCUGCAGGACACAGACGAAGGCGCAGCGUGGACGACGUGAGCGACGCUAUCAGCUGCGGAGGCAGCAGUGUGAGCGACGGCCGGUGCGGCAGCCAUGGGGGAGAGGCGGAGCAAGGGGAGUGGGGUGGGGAGGGCGCAGAGGCGGAGGAGGGCGGAUCAGAAUCGGAUUGGUUCGGCGAGUCAACCACUUGUCUCAACCUUGAAAGCGUGGAGCAGCUGUGCGCGCAGAUGGAGUUCCAGAAGAAGACAAUCGACGCCAUCCACAUCGUACCACUCCCUGCCCGCUCCCAAAUAAGCAUGGAGAGACCCAGACGGGCCCUCAGCAGAGCAGCAGUGGCAGGAGCAGGGGGGGGAGGAGCAGGGGGAGUGGGCGGCAGUGGCAGUGCUGAGGCGGGUGCAGCAGGGUGGCCACUGGGAGCCUUGUCUGUGCCACCGACUGCUGCAUGCCUGCUGGCGCUGCGCUGCAUGGGGUCUCUGGACUGGCACACACCGGGCGACCCAGAGCUGUGGGAGCGAGAAAGGGGAGUGUAGAGUGCACAGGCCAGGAUAGUGAGUGGCUGAUGCUGCUUGGACACUGAUCUGUAGAUUGUAGAAUGCUGUCUGCUGUGAGUGGCUGUAGCAUGCUUGACUUGAGGCUUCCCCUGCCCUGACUGCGAUGAACUUAUGUUGCCAUGUUUGUAGCUGAAAACCAUGUUGAUAGCUGAACGCCAUGUCGAUAGUGUCGUGGCACUGGGACAACCCUGUCGAUUCUCUCUCUCUUGGGAGGGUACUCGGGAGGCUUUCCCCGGGUAAUGUGGAUAUAUGGAGCC